ACAGAUUUUCCCAACCUCGUUUUCGAAUCGGUCAGUUUUUCGAAAGUUAAGCACAAAUAUUUAUACUAAUUAACGGUGGUAAACACAAGUAAAUGUGAAAAAAACUACUUUAAAAUGUCGAAAGAAUGCACUGCCAAUACUAGCCAUGAGCAUGGGAAGAAAAAGGGCAAGAAUGUCGUAAGUAGACUACAUGAGGAAAUAAAACGUGGUUGGAAGAAAAUGGGGGCAAUCGAUCUAAAGGAUAUAGAAGAAUUAUAUAAAAUCAUUUUAACUAUAAAGGAUAAAACGUCAAAAGAAGAUGGAAAACUAUUGCCCAUCGCAGUAGCAUAUCACGUUCGAAUAAUAAAGCGGGAAUUACAGACUGUUGACGUUUGCGUUAGCCUAGUGACGUUUGAAAAGGAUUUAACUUUUAAAGCCAUGAAAAAAGCCAUGGACGGUUUGGAUAUGCAAUUAGCUAGUAAAAUCCACGUUGACUAUGAAAAAUGCCAGAAGGUCCAUAAUAAUCUUCUAGAAUAUGCUAGAACAGUUUAUUUGGACCCAGCACGUGAUCUCAUCAGAAAGCACGCGGAAAAGCACUUGAAUUUUCUAGACCAUCUCUACGAAAAAUACAGCUUGAACGAAUCUUAA